AUGAAACAUGAAAUUUUUGGGGUUUGUAAACACAGUAAACUUAUUUAUAGUACAAAUUACAUAGAUCCAUUUCUAAUUAAUAUUAUUACAGCUACAAUUAAUAUAGGAUGCGAUUUUAUAGAUAGUGUAUUAGAAAGUAUUGACAUUUUACCGUAUGAAAAAGUUUUUAUAAAAAUAGAAGAAGAUUAUGUUUUUUUUGGAAAUGCAUCUAUAGAUACUUACAUUGAAGAAUUUAAAAAAAUGAAUAUUUAA